AUGGCGCUUCAAAUGAACAUUGAAGGAUUUAAGGUCAGUGACGGCUGGCUAAGAAACUUCAAGAAGUGCUUUGAUCUCAGUUUUAAAAAACUUUGCGACGAAAGUGCAGCUGUUGACCUGAGCGUCGUUGCGAACUACCGCUCUGAAAAGCUACAGUCCCUUUUACAGGAGUACUCGCCAGAUGAUACUUUCAACUGUGACGAGACCGGACUUUUUUUUAAGCUGAUGCCAGAAAAGACUCUUGCCUUUGCUGGCGACCCUUGCCAUGGUGGCAAACACAUGGAAGUCUACUCGGUCGAUUUGCUUGGAGCACUCAGCAUGCUCGCCGAUGAGUGGAAGUCGAUCCCAUCAACAACACUGCACAACUGUUUCCGCCACGCGGGAUUUGUGUUGAAUGGCGAGUCGGCCGCCUUGGACGAGGACAGCGUCGUCGAGCAGGUGUCUGGAAGUGAGCAGCUCAUCGACGACCUUCGCACUGCAGGCGUCGAGAUUCCCUCAAAUGUCUCGUUUUCCGAGUUUGCCCGUGUGGACAGCGAGUUGGAACUGUGCGCUGGCCUCACAGAUGAAGAAAUUAUUUGCCAAGUGCUUGCGGAGUCUUAG